UCACCAUUUCUCACAAAAGCAUUGAGUUCAGUCCCACAAAAACAUGGCAACCAUCAAAUUCCCUAUAGUUUUCUCCGUCGUUUGCUUGUUCCUCUUGUGUAAUGGUUCGUUAGCCCAACUUCUUAGCCAAAGUACUAGUCAAUGGCAAAGUUCUCGCCGUGGAAGUCCAAGAGAGUGCAGAUUUGAUCGGUUGCAAGCAUUUGAGCCGAUUCGCACUGUAAGGUCCCAAGCUGGUACAACUGAGUUUUUUGAUGUCUCUAAUGAGUUGUUUCAAUGUACUGGAGUAUUUGUUGUCCGUCGAGUUAUCGAACCUAGAGGUCUUCUGUUACCUCACUACUCCAAUGGAGCAACUUUGGUAUAUGUCAUCCAAGGCAGAGGUAUAACAGGACCAACUUUCCCAGGAUGUCCUGAGACCUAUCAACAACAGUUUCAGCAAUCCGAGCAAGACCAACAAUUGGAAGGCCAAAGCCAAAGCCAUAAAUUUAGAGAUGAACAUCAAAAGAUCCACCGUUUUCAACAGGGGGAUGUAGUUGCAUUGCCUGCUGGUGUUGCUCAUUGGUGCUACAAUGAUGGUGAUGCACCAAUUGUUGCCAUAUAUGUCACUGAUAUAUACAAUAGUGCUAACCAACUUGAUCCUAGACACAGGGAUUUCUUUUUAGCUGGCAACAAUAAGAUAGGUCAACAAUUGUAUAGAUAUGAGGCAAGGGACAAUUCGAAGAACGUCUUUGGUGGAUUUAGUGUUGAACUACUUAGCGAGGCUCUUGGCAUAAGCAGUGGAGUAGCAAGACAACUCCAGUGCCAAAAUGACCAAAGAGGAGAAAUAGUUCGUGUUGAGCAUGGGCUUUCCUUGCUCCAACCAUAUGCAUCGUUGCAAGAGCAACAACAAGAACAGGUGCAAUCGAGAGACUAUGGCCAAACACAAUAUCAACAAAAACAACUUCAAGGUAGUUGCUCUAAUGGUUUGGAUGAGACCUUUUGUACCAUGAGGGUAAGGCAAAAUAUCGACAACCCAAACCUCGCAGAUACAUACAACCCCAGAGCAGGAAGGAUCACAUAUCUAAAUGGCCAAAAGUUCCCCAUUCUUAAUCUUGUACAGAUGAGUGCCGUUAAAGUAAAUUUAUAUCAGAACGCACUCCUUUCACCUUUUUGGAACAUCAACGCUCAUAGUGUCGUGUAUAUUACUCAAGGUCGUGCCCGAGUUCAAGUCGUCAACAACAAUGGAAAGACAGUGUUCGAUGGAGAGCUCCGUCGUGGGCAGCUUCUAAUUAUACCACAACACCAUGUAGUCAUUAAAAAGGCACAAAGGGAAGGAUGCUCAUAUAUUGCAUUGAAAACCAACCCUGACUCCAUGGUUAGCCACAUGGCAGGAAAGAAUUCCAUCUUCCGCGCACUUCCUGACGAUGUUGUAGCAAAUGCAUAUCGUAUCUCAAGAGAAGAAGCUAGGAGGCUCAAGCACAACAGGGGAGAUGAGUUAGGUGUGUUCACUCCUAGUCAUGCCUACAAGAGCUACCAAGACAUAUCUGUGAGUGCAUAACCAAGAAAUGUCAAUCAUAGGCUUGGAUUGCUAAGGAUGGUUUUCAAAUAAAUCAUAAGCAAUAAAAGAGUGCAUGUUGUUGCAGCUAUGUAAUAGUGGAUGGUUGGAAGAAUAAUAAUAAAUUUGUGUUCCUUUAAGUAACUAUAUUAAA